AUGCUCUCAUUUUGUAAUGAUGAGCGUAAAUUGGAUCGAUCAAUGGUGUCAUCACAUGCUAAUAUUAUGGCUGAAACACAGAAAUCAAAAGAUUUGGUGGAUUUAGAACUGAUCAUUCAAAAUUGGGCGAAACAAAUUUUUGAAGUUACGAAAACUCGCGACGAAGCUAAAAUUAACAAAAAAUAUCUCGAAUUUAAUAUCAAUUGGUCGCAUUUAUUUAACGAAUAUUUGGAACCGCGGUAUACGGUAUCAGGAAUGGAUACGCGUUUUGUUCACCAAUCAAAGAGCGAACAGGUUUUAUUCAAAUCAACGUUCACAAAUAGCACCGAACGGGCGCAGGAAUAUACUUUUAAAACAGAACGUUCUACUCGCAGUAGUGCAACAAUUUCAAUCGAGAAAGGAGUAUGUCGUGGAAUGGAAAUGGAAUUGAAAUUGAAAACGCCAUGUGAAAUUGUUGAAGCAAAUGCUGGCUUUCACAAUGAAUUAAGUAUUGUAAGUAUUGGUGAGAAUAUAGUAGAAGAAGAAUUGAGAUGGGGUGUUGAUAGUACCAUUAAGGUACCACCGUUAUGUGAAACUGUUGCUGAAUUGGUCAUUCUCGAGGAUAGUCAGACAAGGAAUUUUGCAGUAGACAGUCGUAUUUCUGGCAGAGUAAUAGUAACAGUAACGAAUUUGAAGGAAAAUAACAGUUUGAUAACAAUUAUUGAAGGGAAAGUGGCCGAUAUCAUUCGCAGUAUCGCGAAUUAUUCGGCUCUUGGUUUCACUAUCAAAGAUGAUAUUGUAACAUAUACGACAAGAGGUAUAUGUAAAUUCAAAUAUGGCGUCGAGCAAAUUGUCAAAUUAAAAGAGCAUCCGCUGAUGCUACCAUCUUUGUAA